UUCUGGCACACCGUCACCUCCAACGACCGCCAUGCCUCCUACGACUCCCCGUACCGCACCGGCAACCACGUGCCCCUCUCCCAGAACCGGCAAUCCACCUUUGGCUCCAGCGCCCCGAGCGCAUACGAGUCACGAACAGACCUUCACGACAUCGAGGCCGGCCAUGGCUUCGUCGCGAGCACUGCUGCCCCCACACCUUACCCCAAGCCACUGCAGAGAGCGGACACGGGGGGGAUUAUGGAGGCCAAGAUGGACGGCGUGGGAGUGGGCGAGAUCCAAAUGCAGAGUUUCAACGACGGCCUCCCACCCCCACCGCCCGUCAGCCACUCCUGGCGGCGCAUUGACCGCUGGCUGGAAGACAACUACGAAGAGCUGUUCGAGAACAUCGGCGAGCCGGCCACCAUCAACGACGUCAACGAGCUGGAGCACGAAUUAGACUGCACCCUCCCGCAAGAAGUCCGCGAAUCGCUCCAGAUCCACGACGGGCAGGAGCGCGGCGGCAUGCCCACCGGCAUCAUCUUCGGCUGCAUGCUGCUCGACUGCGAAGAGAUCAUCCAAGAGUGGCAGAACUGGCGGACGGUCAACGAAGCCUACUUCAGCAACGAGCGCAGCUACGAGAUCCCGCAAGCGCCCAUCAAGGCCUUCGCCGGCUCCUCUUCCUCCGCCAUCCCCAUCGCGCAGGCCCAACAGACCACGAGCACGCUGUGGCGGCAAGAGCUGCUCGAGAAGCAGGACUCGCAGCCGUCGAAUGCCAUCCAGAAAGCCUACGCGCAUCCCGCUUGGAUCCCGCUGGCGCGAGAUUGGGGCGGGAACAACAUCGCGGUAGACCUCGCGCCAGGCCCGACCGGCAAGUGGGGCCAGAUCAUACUCAUGGGCCGCGACUUCGACUGCAAAUACGUCGUGGCGCGGUCGUGGUCCGCCUUCCUCGCCACGAUGGCCGACGACAUGGCGUCGAACCGCACGUGGAUCGACGAGGACAGCCGAGAACUCAAACUCCGCGAAUUCAAGCAGUCGGGCGUCGAGCCGGCAUACAUCGACAUCUUACGGUGGAGGGCGGAUCAAAAGUACGGCCGGAAACGAGCCGCGAAGAAACCGCUGAAGAUCAACAGUAACAUGCCGGGCGGUGGGGCAAUGAACGGGCUGAGUCCCUACGCCAGCCCGACCAGCUCGGUAGACGGAGACCGCGGGCGCAGUCCCAACCGCUACACCAACGGCAAAGCCCCCGCCGUCUCCACCUCCAGCCCCCGCGCACACGUCGGCAGCCCUCUCGCCCGCGUGACGGAGGAGGCGCCCCCGCCACCGCCGCCACUCACCGUCAACACGAACGUGCCUGACUCGGCCACGCUGAGAGGGGAGAAGUUAAUCUCCGUCGACACACCCCGCGCCUCCCAGUCCUUCGCGCCACCACAACCGAGU